AUGGCAGAGGAUAACACAAAUGGACCGGCGCCGGCAGCGGAAGCGGUACCGCAGGAUGCCGCACCGGAGGAACCAAAGGCUGCAUCCGAGGGAGGCGAAGCAUCCGAUGCUGAACAGGAACUGGAACCAUCGCCAGAGCCUCAGAUUUCAACGUUCGCACGGUUGAAACAAUUCCUGGCGGAAACCAACAGUUUCCUUGGCAAGUACGAUGAUCUGGUGGAGAAUAAGGAUAAGCACAAGAGCGUCUACCUCAACACCGUGAACGAGCUGCGAGAGCUGCUAGUGACGUUGCUGCAACGGUACAUCUUGCAUACAAUGGUCCGGGAAGAUUUUCUCUACAAGCAUAUCGUGUGCUGUGGGGAGGAUCCGCAGGCUAUGAAUACGGAAGAAUUCGAUGAACAUUACGCGGAAGUUCACAGUGAGGCAGACAAAGCCAUUUCCCUGCCAGAGCUGGACGAGAUACGUGCCUACACGGCUGAAGUCAAGACGUACAUUGAACUGGGAAAAGCCAUGAACAACGAUCUCAUAUUCUCCCUGAAGCGACUACUCCGAAAGAGCAAUUCAGUCCUGGCGGGACAUCUUGGUUGAGAUGG